UAUUAUUCCAACCACUGUAAUUUUCUUCGUGGAGGGCUUGUCCAUCUAUUUAGUGAAGAAUAAGGUCCAUUAAUUGAUCAGAAGUUCAGAACCAUUGCUGAAUUGCUCAGCUGGUGGGCCGACCCCCAACCCAAUCUACUUGGCGAGACUCCUAGAAAAGCAACAAUGGGGACCAAGAAGCCAAGAAUUGUGAUAAUUGGAGCAGGAAUGGCCGGCCUUACAGCUGCAAACAAGCUCUAUACUGCCACUGGUUUCAAAGACUUGUUUGAGCUGUGUGUUGUGGAAGGUGGGAGUAGAAUUGGUGGCAGAAUCAACACUUCUGAGUUUGGUGGUGACCGGAUUGAGAUGGGCGCAACUUGGAUCCAUGGCAUUGGAGGCAGCCCAAUUUACCAAAUUGCUCGAGAAAGCCAUGCACUGGAGUCUGAGCAGCCAUGGGAGUGCAUGGACUCGUGCCCUGACGAGCCCACCACCAUUGCUGAAGGCGGAUUUCAGCUAACGCCAUCCAUUGUCGAGCCUGUGGCGACCCUAUUCAAGAACCUGAUGGAUUAUGCUCAAGGAAAGUCAAUCCAAGACCGUGCAGGCAGUGAUUAUUCCAACCUUUCAGCUAAGGCUUUGAAGAUUUCUGCAAGCAAUGGUGGCCAACGAAAGCUCAGUGUCGGUUCUUUUCUACGACAAGGACUAAAUUCUUAUUGGGUUUCUAAGAAAGACCAGGGAGAGCUCCAAGGAUAUGGUAACUGGAGCAGAAGGAUGCUUGAAGAAGGAGUAUUUGCAAUUCAUGAGAACAUCCAGAGGACUUAUACAUCAGCUGGUGAUCUUUUAUCUUUAGAUUAUAGUGCAGAAAGCGAAUAUCGUAUGUUUCCUGGUGAAGAAAUCACCAUUGCCAAAGGCUACUUAAGCAUAAUCGAGUCCCUAGCUUCUGUUCUACCACCUGGUUUAGUCCAGUUAGGCCGAAAGGUCACAAGAAUUGAAUGGCAGCCUGAAGAACAUGGGUCUUCAGACAAGGAGAAAGUUCAUGGUGCUAGGCCAGUGAAGCUGCAUUUCUGUGAUGGUUCCAAUAUGUUGGCAGAUCAUGUUAUUGUCACGGUUUCAUUGGGAGUGCUUAAAGCCGGAAUUGGGGAAGACUCAGGUUUGUUCAGUCCUCCCCUGCCUUCAUUUAAGUCUGAGGCAAUAUCAAGACUCGGCUUUGGCCUUGUCAACAAGUUGUUUCUGCAAGUGGAAGGCGAUGAUUUCAACAAGUUUCCAUUUCUCCAAAUGGUUUUCCAUAGACCUGACUCGGAAUUCAGGCAUAAAAAAAUACCUUGGUGGAUGAGGAGGACAGCUACUCUGUGGCCAAUUUAUAGCAAUUCCAGUGUCCUGCUAACUUGGUUUGCAGGGAAAGAAGCAUUAGAGCUUGAAUCACUCCAAGAUGAACAGAUCAUUGAUGGGGUUUCAACAACAAUCUCAAGCUUUCUAUCACAACCCCACAAGCAAGACAACUCAAACAGCCGUGAACUAUGCAAUGGGAACAUGAAUUCUAUGAAAAACUGUCAUGAAAGUGAAGUGAAAGUCACCAAAAUAUUGAAGAGCAAAUGGGGUACGGAUCCUUUAUUUUUGGGGUCUUACAGUUAUGUUGCAGUUGGAUCAAGUGGCGAUGAUUUGGAUACGAUGGCCGAGCCACUGCCAAAACAUGACAAUGCUGUUUCGCCUUCACUUCAAAUUCUGUUUGCAGGAGAAGCAACGCAUAGAACCCACUAUUCUACAACGCAUGGAGCUUACCUCAGUGGUCUUAGAGAGGCCAAUAGGCUUCUUCAUCAUUAUCACUGUGUUGAGGUUAAGGUUUAGGACACUUGGUGAUUUUUCUUUUAAUUUAUUAUUGGAAACUGGUUCCUAUAAUAUCAUUCUCAAUUUCAUCUAAAGCAUGUAUCUGUUUCGUUAGAGCGGGUAAGAAUGGGAGGAAAAGGAAGGAAAAUUAUGAAGGAUGAAAGAGAGAGAAGGCAAUAUUUUUAGGUGCACUGUAAGAACUAAAGAAUAUCCUUUAAUUUUUAUUUUCCUUUUUGUUUUUCUGUUGGGUUCUCUUUGUUUGUGAGCGCAGUUUUGCUGUUCAUUUGAUCCAUUUAGCUUCAAAGCAAACCAACUGAGAUUGUGUUUGACAUUUGAUAUUCUAAAGAAAAGAACAAGAAAGCUUUGGAUCCCA